UGACAUUUAAGUUGACAUUUGACAUACUGGGACUCUUGUUGCCUGUAAUCCAAUGGAAAGAAACAACCAGAGUUCAAAAGUACAGAGUGUACAGUCGUUUUUUACAACUGUACUUCUCACAAAAUGAGCACAUCUUUCUACAUGUGAAUAAUUGUUGACAAAUUAAAUGGAAACGCCUGUAUUUUCAAUAUUCAUGUGUAAUGUGGAAAACAAAAUGAGUUUAUUAUAUCAUCUUGUAACAUUAAAGGGAUAUUCCGGCGUAAAAAUAAGUUUCAUUAAUUUAUCAUUCCCUUGAAGUAAUAAUCAUCAUAUUAAUCAUUUUGUACCGCAGACACAGUAGUUCUUCAGCCCUAGCAUCUCCGUCUGAUUGCAUUUCCAUGAGGAAAUGAUCAUAAAUGUUAUUCCUUGAGCUCCCUACAAACAAGCGGCUGCUGGAAGAGGGACGGUGAGUUUAGUGAGUUGUCCCUUGCUAAGAGACAUAAGAGUCCAUAAGAGUCACUUAACGUACUGCUCUUAGGUUAGACUUGAUGGUCCUGAAUAAAAACAAACACAGUAUUAUGGAACUCUUUCCCACAUCACAACAACACUAUUCAAAUUGGUAUUGGUCUUGAUAGGUGUGUUCUUAUUCAGGUUGCCUCUUAUUUGUUCUUCUGUUCCAGAGGAGACAUUACUACAGGCAGACACAAAAUGUGAACAGUGAUUACUCUUGUGUUUACCAGUUAGCAUUAGCCUGAUCCAAACAUAACCUUUCAGCUCUCCAAUUAGCAGCCUAUCACUGCCAUUUAAAAAGCAUUUCAAAGCUGGGUGGAAUUCUCUCAGCCUUCCAAAGUCUCAGCAUGCUCAGUGGCACAACGCUACUCCAGACAAAAACAGCAGUUAAUAACGCAGCAAUGUCCCAGACAGUUUACCGACAAUAUCUGUAGUGUUGUCUUGGAGACAGCUCCCCAUUGGAUUCAUGUCCCUUGAGUCAAGAGAGUUGGUGUUGGGAUUAAACCACCAUGGGAAAUGAAACACUCUAAGGCAGGGGUGUCAAAGUCAAAUGGACGGAGGGCCAAAUAAAAAAUUUAGCUACAAGCCGAGGGCCGGACUGAUCGAAUGUUCAUUGAAAAUUUUUUAAAUGACGCAUAUAGUCUAGUGUACCUAAUUGAACCUACUGAAAACCUAACAAAUAUAUUCCAAUAUGAUCAGAUAAAUAAAGCAAUAUUUUCUUAUGGCUCUGUCAGUAAUCUUUAAUUUUCAACAGACACAAAAGACAAAUUUCCUUUAUAUAAAAAUCCCCAUAACAUGAACAUUAAAUGAAAGAAACCGGUAUUAUUCAAGGCACCAUGAGUAGCCUAUAUUUUCUAUUUUAGCAAAAGUGGGCUAAAUUUACUUCAAAGAAAAAAAUAAUAAUAGCAAUUUUCUAUCAUCCACUCAACUGAAAUAUUUUUAAAAUAUAAUUGGAUUGAAAUACAAUAAAAUAAAGUGCAAAAAUCUAUUAAUCAAAAGCAACACUUUCUUCAAGGAGAAGUAACAUGCAGUGAAAACAAAUAUUAAACUUUAACUUUUAAACUUGAAAUGAAUAAAAAUUCUAAAUAUGUGAUUGCACAGUAAUGUUCACUUAUUUGAGGUUGAGGGUCCAUAUGUCCAUAUUCUUGUUUUUGUCCGCGUGUUUCGUUUCAUAAUGUCGUCUCAGAUUAUACUCUUUCAGUACCGCCACACUUUCUCCACACAGAAGACACACAGGUUUUCCAGCUACCUCCGUGAACAUAUACUCCGACUCCCACCUUGUUUGAAACCCCCGGUUCUCAGUGUCCACCUUCCGUUUUGCCAUUUUUGAUGGGUAUCUGAAAGUUAAUUUUACUGUUAUGCUGACGACUGCUGUGCUAAUAAAUAUUGAAAUGAAGCAGCCUACUGCUCGGUGCGUCACCGUUGCAUUGUGGGAAAUGUAGUAUUGGUGCGUGUAAAAGAUCUGCGGGCUACCGGCUUGCUGCGGUCUGCGGGCCGGUUCUAAUAAUAGAUCAAGAUCAUCCCAGGGGCCGUAAAAAACCUUCUCGCGGGCCGGAUGUGGCCCGCGGGCCUUGACUCUGACAUAUGUGCUCUAAGGGGCAAACAUGACACAAUUUAGUAUACUCAAACAGUAGCCAUUGUUUUUUAAUGGUGUUAAAUGCUGCUAUGCUGCUGUGAACCAUGUCAUAAAAUAGGGAUAAUACAAAGUGAGUGAGUGAGUGAGUGAGUGAGUGAGUGAGUGGUUUUACUGAUUAGAAACCCUGAAACAAGAGCUCUCUACUUGCUUCAUAACUGUCAUUUUUCUUUUGUCUUGCCUCGUCUGUUUUCUUCCAUUUGGUUGAUGUCUUUGUCCUUCAGGUCCUUGUCAAUAUUGCAUCAUGUCAAGGGGGUUUUAAAUGCGCUGUUGUAUGUGGAAGAUAGUUAGAGAUGCCAAGACCUGCUUUACGUUGCUUCUGAUUGGUCUAUAUUGCACGAUGCCUUCCUUGGUUGGUUAGAUUUAGGCACAAAGGACUGAUAGAUUGGUCUGGGAUUGGUUAUCACGGUCAAGUGUGGCGUGUGGUGUGAGAAUGGGUCAAAUUGAGUGACUGUCACACUUAAAGCGUGACGCUUGGCAGCUCUGAGCUGUUGUCCAGCCUUGGCUAAGGAGUAUCUGAAUAUUAUUUGACUUGUGAUAUUGAUAGAUUUCUUUCCAGGUUUUUAUGAUUUUUCGUCCUCUCAGUUGCUGAUGAAUCCAAAAGUAGUUAAAUUGAUUUGUUUGAAACACUGUAAUCUGCAUUACUCAAAACUUAAGACACAGUGGUACUAGCUUUGGCUUCCUACCCAGAACAGGUUAUCAGGAGUAAAUUGGUGUGUGAUUGUGAAUAUGUUCUAAAGAAGUAUUUGACAAUAGGUCGGUAUAUGAAUACUUAAGUCAUUAUUAAGUGCCAAAUGCAACAGAAAGCCUCUGUGCAGAUGGUGUGAUUGUCUCUCUGUGCCCCAGGCAACAUUUGUUCUGUUAAAUAAUUGUAUUUUGGUCCAAACAGCAGCCAAACCCCCACCUCUAUGCAUAUGUGCCUCAUAUUCAUUCAAUUAAAUUCAUAUGAGUCUGUUCAGCCGGUUCCCGCUCACUGUUCAGCCGGCUGCCCUUCUGUUGUUUAAUCCCCAUUAUUGAAAGUCUUCCAAAAUGCUUCUGGUUUUGGCUUUAUGAAGAAAGACAGCAUUUGACACAAUGCUUUAAAAUGUAACACACUGCUCUUAUGGGUGACUGAGAGUGAUUUUUUUAACGGAGAUGAUUUCUAAUUAAAAGAAGAUGGAGUGGAGAGGAGUGAUGACUUUGACUGCAUACUUACUCAGGGAUGUAGUUCAAACCAUCUGGUGUCCUAAUUUACUACAAAAACAAGACUGCUGACAUUCCCUAAUGUGGUGUAAUAUCAUUUAUUUAAUCAAUCAAGAAAAGUAUUUAUUACUAAUCGGUUAUCUAUUGGGUUGGGCAGUAUUAAUUAAGAAAAUUUCCCCAUUGGCUAUAAAUCCAUUAAAGAGCAUAAACUCAAUGUAGUGGCAGAUUCCUCUAUAACAGUCUUUAAAGCCACUUGGAUGAAUUAUAAAUUAUUUAAAUUGUAGAUUCUCAGUGAAGGCAUCAAAACUAUGAAUGAACACAUGUGGAAACAUGUGCUUAAGAAAAGUGUGAAAAAACUGAAAACAUGUAUUAUAUUUUAGAUUCCUAAAAGUAGCCACCCUUUGCUUUUUUGAUAGCGCUGCAAACUUUUGCUGUUCUCUCUAUGAGCUUCAUGAGGUAGUCACCUGAAAUGGUUUUUACUUCACAGGUGUGCCUUGUCAGGGUCAGUCACUUAGUACUUCUUUCGUCAAGAGCACAGGGUGGCUAUUUUAAAGAAACUAGAAUAUGAAACAUGUUUUCAGUUAUUUCACACUUUUUUUAUAAGUACAAAAUUCCACAUGUGUUCAUUCAUAGUUUUGAUACCUUCAGUGAUAAUCUACAAUGUAAAUAGUCAUAUAAAAAAUAAAGAAAAGACAUUGAAUGAGAAGGUGUGUCCAAACUUUUGACCCGUACUGUAUGUAAUUCACAUUCUAUGAAAACCAGUUCACAUACAGGGUCAGAGAAGCUAACGGUCUUGAAAACAAGGCUUUAACAACACGAUUCAAUAACUUAUGGGACAAAAAGGCAUGUUAGCAAGUGUAUAUGAUAAUUAUUAUCUUACUUAAACUUGGCGGUCUUGUGUUUGGUCCUUUAUGUGGUGUUCAGUUUAGAUAAGUCAAUAAAAUUGAGCAUUUCUACAACAAAGCGAAAACAACAACUUAUGGCGCCCAUUCGGACGUUGCCUAGCAACAGCGUUCCGUUAAUUUACCACUUGAACGCCAAGCCUUUCAUUUACUCAGCUUUACCACGGCUUUGUUUUCCCCUUUAAAACAGCAGUAGUGGAUUUACCUUUGAGCAACAGUUGACUUUAUUCUCAAGGUUAAAUUUUUGACUUUCCUCCAAAUUUUGUUUUUAUUCACAAGGUUGUAUUUUGACAUUUGUCCGUGAAAUUUUAACUUCUUUCUUGAGAGGCAUUUAAAGUAACCAUCCUUAUUAAUUUUGUUUUGUUUUUUAUUUUUUAAAGGCCUACUCCCUUCAUCCUCAGCUCUAAUACUAUUCUGUAGUUUAUGGUCAAGUAGCUGUAAUAGGUUAUGAACAUAGACUUGAAGAAAAGAAAAACACCAGAGUAAGAUUUGCAGCAGCAACAAAAUCUAGGGUCACUGUGCUUUUCUUUCUUUCUUUUUUCUAAUUGGAGACAUAAUAGCCUACUUCAUACAUCUGGUUCUGUGUUAUCUGUGGUCCUCCGUGCUCUUCGGGCACUCAGGGAGGAGCAAGACCUGUUGGGGGCUGGGAGAAACGGAGUCAUAAAAGCAGCAUGUGUUGGACAGGAGGCGGGGACACACGGGGAACUCUCGAGAUGCUUGUUGAAAGAAAAAAAAAGAAAGUAAUCUGUGAGUGCCACUAUGAGACAGUUCACACUAUCAACCUGAUGCGCAUUGCUAUUGGACAUAUCGAGGGUUGGACUUCAGCUCUCCGCAGCCUGUUAUUCCCCAUCCUCCGCGCGUCUGGCCAGUCCUUCCUCUUUACGCGCUAGUUAUGGAUCAGGACGCAGCGCGCCUUCCUGCUGUCUCCCACGGACAGCCUGCACUCCACGGCGCAUAAAUAAACAGGUGCACCAAUGAACCGCCGCCCUCCUGGCUCCUCCGGCGUGCAAUGGCUUAACAGGAGAGACAUGAGUGUCCGGACGGAGGACAGCAUCACCUUGUGCCAAAGGGCUCUCCAGAUCAUCACGGAACUUUGUCUUACGGGACACGUAGACCGGGAGAAAUGUGCGGAUAUAUUUCCACUGGAGAGCUCCAUACCAGGUAAAGGACACGCAGGUAAAUAAAAAAAAAGUCAUUUUCUUACCCAGUUUCACCUAAAAAAUACUACUUUGGUUUCUUCCCCUGAAAGAAAAAGACGAUGCAGUUGCAGCGUCUGUAAAAAGAAGCAACUAAACAUGCGACUGUCCUUUCUGUAAACUUUAAAUCACCACAUAGUUUGGCAUGUUUUAUGUCUUCGAACUGUUGUGAACGUGUUCCUCUACCUGUUACGCAUCUUGCUGCAGUUCAGCACAGACUGCUCAAGCAGCAACAGGUGGGAAAUAGACUGAGGCUGCUUUCUGAGAGGGUAUAAGAUCAUUCUGCAUUUGUUCUCGUCCUCCUUUAGGUCCGUUAUAACCUGGGAAUAUUUGAUGUGUCAGUUUAAUCCUGUGUUCCUGUAAACUUUUCACUGAAUGCUUCACUUUCAGUAAUCCAAGCGAUAUCAUAAAGGCUACCACAGUAGAGGAUUAGCGCCACAUAAAGGAAGAGGAAAAAACAAGAUUAUUUUCGUAAAAUCACCAGAAUAAGGCUGGAAUAAUACAAGAAUAAAGUCACAGGAAAAUGAAGUCUUAUACUGCAAUAUUGAAAUCAUAAUACGAGAGUGAUAGAGAAGAAUAGAGUUGUAGCACUGUGACAUAAAAGUUGUGAUUUCAGAGGAGAGAAGUCAUAAUAUUUCAGGAAAGGAAGUAGAACUUUGACUAUUUUCUUUAAUUCUCAUAACAUUAUGACAAUAGACGCAUAAUAAACAACUUUUUACCAGUAAUAGGCUACAGCUUUAACGUCAUAAAACCACGACUGUGUUUGCCAUAUGUUAAGGACUAUAUAACUUAAAGCUCCUGUGAGGAGUUUUUUGAUGUUUGUGAAAUUUUGUUGACCAUGUUUAUAUUGCAAUUAUGAAUACCUGAAACUGGUGCCAGGGAGCUGGUGUAAGCAGAAAAGCUGAAGAAAAAAUAUCACACUAAACGAUACAUUCCACCGUUGCAAGUCAACAAGAUGAAAUUUUUGUUGUCAGAUGACGCUACUUUGGCUUUGUUGGGAACAUAAGCAACAAAGACAGUUUUGACCACAGGGGGCGCCAAAACUAACAUGAUCCAACAGUUCCUCACGAAAGCUUUAUGACAAAUUUUUCAUUUUAUGACUUUUUUAUUCUCCUUAUUCUACAUCUGUUUUUCUGUAUAAGUUUUACUUAAAUGUUUGUUAUACUACAGCUUGACUUUAUGACUUAACUCAGGUGAUAUGACUUUUUCUCGUCAUAUUAAAACUAUUAUUUUUUAAAACUACUAUUUUUUUUCAUAACAUUACAACUUUAUCUUAAAGGCUACUUUUUUUUUCCUAAUGACUUUGUUCAAAUAUCAUUUCAAGUUCAAUACCUUUCCCCCCCCAAUGUCAUUACUUUAAUCUUCUAAAGCUACAGUUAAAUUUUUUAGGUCCUACUCUUAUAAUGUUUUGAAUUUAAUGUUAUUAAACUGUGAUUUUCCCUGAACCUGAUUCUUAAAGGCCCUGCGAGGAACUUUCAGUCUGUGGCGCCCCCUAUGGACAAAGAAACCUUUUUUUUUAUUCCAUCGCUUAAAUGUCUAAAUAUUGUUCUCUGACAGAAAAUAAUAAUCUUGUUGACUUUUGAUGAUGAAAUGUAUCAUCAAUUGUAAAAUUUUAUAGGAUUAUUUGUAAAAGUUGAUCUGUUUCCUCAGCUGCUUGGCUGACACCUACCCCCUAGCACCUGUUUCAGACAUGAAAAAAUUAUUGUAUAAAAGUAAUCACACUUGUUGCUGACAGUCUUGUUUGCUGUAGUAUAUGAUAAAAAGGCAUCAAUGUGGAUUUUAGUCAAUUUCAUAAACAUUAAAAAAUUUACCACAGGAACUUUAAUAUUAAGAUAAGAGAAGAGAAGAACAACUUUAUUAACCCCUGAAGGGAAAUUAAAACCCAAUUGUCAUAAUAUUUUUAUUAUUAUUUUAUUUUAAGACUUUGAUCUUGAUAUGUCAAGUUCCUUUUGUCUAAAAUUGCUUUGUUUUAACAGAACAGAAACCAAAUGAUUGUUUUUCCUCCCUGGUUAUGUAAUUGUCUUGACACAGAUGUUUUAAAGCCUCUGUGAGGAACCUUCAGUUUGUGUUGAUUUUGGCACCCCCAAUGGGUAAAUCAUUUGCUGGUAUUUAAAAAAUAAAUAAUUCCAUGUAGUGUUUUCUGACAUAAAAUCCUCCCUUUUGUCUUUCUGUGUCACUUAUUUGUGAACAAAGCUGUAGAAAAUGGAAAAUCACAGUUUCUUCAGAUGACUGUGGUUUGUUUUGUCUGAUAUCUACCCCCUCACUGUGGUUAAAAAAUAAAAAAAUGACAGCACUGAAACAUUAAUUCUUGUUGCUGAUGGUCUGAUUUGCUUUCCUUGAUCACACAGAGAAAUCAAUAUAAAUUUCAAACUCCUCACAGUGGCUUUAAAUGACUUUUUUUCUGUCCUGCUUUAUCAAACAGAUGCAUAAGCUGCGUCUUCUUUCUUACAGCUUGCCUUCUCUCCUCUUCUCUCUCUUCCCCUUGCAUGUUUGUCUGUCAUAUUUUGUCCUUUUGCUUGCAUCUCUUUUCUUUUCUCUGUGUCCUUGUCCUCCUCCUCCUCCUCCCCCACGGUUACAUGUAGACCUCUCUAUAAGUCUCCUAGCUGUGGUGGUGGGUUUCUGUGGCCUCGCCCUGUUGGUAGUCUCUCUCUUUGUCUUUUGGAAGCUGUGCUGGCCACUUUGGAGGAGCAAGACUCUCACAACCCACUCUGAAAAUGGCCUUCGUGUGGGUUUCCCCGAGGUCCAGCAGCCAAACUCUGCUCUGGUUAACGAGUGUAAAGCAUUGGAGGAGAAGAAGUACCCCCUGGAGGUGAAGAUGAACGGACGGAGUACGGUAAAGCUCUUAGAGGCAGCCAUGAAGAUCAGCCAGACAUCUCCAGACAUCCCCGCUGAGGUCCAAACAGCCCUGAGGGAGAAGCUCAGCCAGCAGGCGAAGAUCCAGAGGCAGACCACUGAGCCAACCUCCUCCUCCAGGUACCCUACAUGAACCCUCUACAGUCACACCCCCCCCCUUUGGAGCGGACAUCACACUGAUCACACUCUAUUUAUAAAGCACAUCCCUCGUGCUUACAAUUACAUCACAAUGGUAGCAUUUUGUACCCAGAUUGGUUGAUUUCCUCUCUCACACAAUACUGACCCCCUGACUUUGAAAAAAACAGUCCUGGCAGAUCGUGACAGCGUUGCCAACGUCCUUGAGGUGGUUUGGCACGUGUCACGCAAAGCAUCACUGACCGGCUGAUGCCCUUGAAACGCAGUCACACAUGUUGAACAGAGUGUCACCUUCAUUGUCUGGAAAAAAAUCACUACCUAAAGGCUCCUCAUCAAGGGCAGCCGUGCAGAUCCUCGCCUCAGUAUGAACCCUGCAAUCUCCUGAACGUGUAAGUCAAACUGCUUUGGUAGCAAAGGGAAAGAAGCCCUUAUAAUUAACCACCCAGCUCUGGCCUCUCUUGGUUUUUCAGCACUGUGUUUAAACUACAACAUCCAUAAUUAGCAGUGCUGAGGGGUGGGAGCUGUCAUGGUGGACGGCUGCUUUCUGGGGAGACACACCAGGCAGCUGUGCUCACUUUCUCAGAGGAAGAGGUUAUUGACAAUUGCCUUGGUAUGUCAUCAAAGACUCGUUAAUUAACUUAUAUGAGGACAAAUGUCUUCAUAAAUAACACACCCACCAGGCAUGCAGAAAGGCAAGGUCGAACACUACAACGCCCACUGUCUCAACCCACACACCUCCACUUUAGACAGUGAUUUCUGAUUUUAAUGAUCCCUGAAUGACGAAGCUCCUAAAACACCAACACGUUAUAUUCUGUUUGGGGUUUUCAGGGCAGCACCUAGAAGUAGUGCUGAGGGACAUGGCAAAGGAUGCUAUCACCCUAUCAGCUGAUAUCGAAAACACAAUAAGUCAAUUAAAUUUUUUAGUAUAACUUAUCAAUACUGUUUGGCAAUUACAGUGAGCAAGUCAAAAUAAAAACGAGUAACGUAACUAUCAUUCGUGGAAAAUGAAAAUUUACUCAGCGUAGCACAUUGCUCAAACAUCUACAAUACAGUUAGCAUAACUCUGUAAAAACCCAGCGCUUAGUUCUUUAGCUUGAUGCUAACACAUUAAGUAAAACAGCAUUUACAGGCUGACAGAAUUAGCAUCACAAUUGUGGUGAAAAUUAAGUAAUUUAUUUGUCCUCUGCUUUGAGCUAAAAGGCACUACAUUGUAUUCUGAGUCGCCAUUUUUCGUAUUACCUAUUUAGCAUAUCCGUGCCUCAAUCCCUGAAACCGAUUGGCUGUUUUUUCCCCAUUCGGUUAUGGGGAAGAAAAUGAGGGACUAUUCCUUUAACUAUAGUCAUUAAUAUUUCUCCAACUGCUUAAUGGAGUUCCUAUGUAAGUGGUUGUAUUUAUUUUUUAUUGUGCUCAUAGCAACUAAUAGUUUCAGCUUUUGUCGACAGCUGAUAAACACCAGCUCUACUUUUUACGUACACAGCAGGGACAGCAUGUUGAGGGAUUUUGCCUUAAUUGUUUGGGACAAAAACUGUUGUAUUAUAUCGGUCAUCUACUUACUCUUAAAGAGCUUAGCAAUUAAAUGGUAGAAACAGGGCCAACUUUUUAUCAACCGAAUGCUCAAAUACUAUUUGAAAUGCUGAAAUCAGGUUAUAAAGUGGCAUCAGCCUUGGGAAAAUUGCAGAAUAUAUGUUCAACAAACUUAGAGAAAGUUCUCUAUGAACUGAGGUUACCUUAAACUUCGAUAGUUCAUGGUUGACAUUCUCCAACACUGAGAGAGAACACAAUAAAAGGGAGCAUUAUCUCUGGUGUUAAUACGGGAUUUAAUAUAAUCCUUGAUGGGUUCAGAGAGAGUUAUGAUAUAGAAUUUAAUUUGAGGAUUCAAGAAAUAAGACAAAACACAAGUAAAUCAAAUUGAUUUUAUAGUCCAAUUUGCCUCUUCCAUCUACCAUUUCCUCAAGCACUAAGACAACACCCAGCCUUUCAGAUUGUUUACUGUUCUUGAGUGCAUAAGUAAUACAUUUCCAGCCAUUUCCUCUGGCAUAUCAUUUGCGCCGUGGCUGUCAGAUUGCUGUGAUUGUCCUACUGUCAGCAAGGAGGAGGGCUAGUUGCUAGGAGACCAGAUUGGCUUGGCGUUGGUUUUCUCAAAAGAUGUCAACUUCACAGAAAUUUGCAGCAGUCAGGUAAUUUGUACCAGGGCUGUGCUGUUUACAAUGGAAAAGGAUUUUCAUGUCUUGAAAACACACAUUCACUAGCAACAAAUAAUGAGAAAAACACUGAUGUUUAUCCACUUAUGUCUUUUAUAGUCUCGUUGUUGUUCGGUUCUUCUUUUGGGGGUCAAAAACAGCGGUGUUCAGCUAGAAUAAACAGUAAGGAAAAAUGUCUUAGACAUAUGUUGUUGGAUUGUCUACAAAAUCAAAGUUUGAUGGAAAGACUUCGAGCGUUCACUAAGCUAAAACAAACAAAUGCAUGUUUUUCAUUGGCUCCAUUCUUGUAGAGGUUUUUAGGUUUGAGUACGGACAUGCAAGAAGCAAAUCAAAAGAUCUGAUUUAUGAAGUAUCAAUCAGUAUUCAUAAAUGUCCUCCUGAGGUUUUCCUUUGAGAGAAGUUAAAGGCAAUUCAGGCAUUACCUUAAAUUGAUGAGGGGAAUAAGUCCUUGGUUGUCAACAAUAUCAAGGUCUUUGGGUCUAGGUGUUAGGCACAUUGAGACAGUUUAUCAGAUAAUAAAGGAUAAUAUUGUCAGUGUUGUACAAGUCCACACAAAGAGUGAGCUAGCUCAAAGUUCAGUUUACACCAACAAACUUUUUUUUUGUAAUUAACAUUUUUUUAUUGUAUUAAUAUGGCACUCAGGAAACCAUAUACAUUCAUAGUAGGCAUACAACACAUUUAACCCCCCCUCCACCCCCCACCCAUAAACAAACAAAACAAAACAAAACAAAACAAAAAGUCACCCAACUUUACAAAUGAUUCUUGGCUGUACAUAAGUGUAGUUCUCAUAUCACAGUAGCUAGGUAUGCACAAUGAGAUAAAAUGAAACAAGAACAAACAAUAAAAUAAUAGGAUAUUAAAAAUAAAUUAAAAAAUAAAUAAAUAAAAGAAUGCAUCUCUCUACUCAUACAUCUGAUGUUUUGUCCUCCAAGAAAGAUAGGUAUUUCCCCCAUUUUUUAUAAUAAACCUCAAGUCUACCAAAUGACUUCCAUGACAACCUUUCCAAGGCUGCCACUUUAGCCAGCUGAGCAGACCACUCCUGUGUUGAGGGCACCCCCUCAGUCUUCCAUUCCCUGAGUAAUAUCUGUCUUCCUGUCAUAAUGCUGGUUUGGAUCCAGCUUUUAAUGUGCUUACUCCCCUCUGUUAGGACAGAGUCAUCUCCCAAAACAAAAAGUCUGGGGCAGAAUUGUAUUGGAAUCUCUGCUAUCUCACUAAUAAAGCUGUGAAUCCAUGACCAGAACUGCUGAACUUUAUCACAGGACCAAAGUGUAUGUAAUAGAUAGCCCUCUGCAGCUUUGCACCGCCAGCAGUUUGAGUUCUCAAUCAGACCUAGUCUGAACAGUCUAGAGGGGGUCCAGUAAAAGCGGUGCAGGAUUUUGAACUGCAUCAAACGCACUCUUGCAUCCCUAGACAUAGUUUUUAUGUUCUUACAGAUCUUUAGCCACUCCUCCUCUUCUAUUCUCAAACCAAGGUCUCUCUCCCAUGUAUUUUUAAGUGCUAGCAAGCCUCCAUCCCCAGUUGUCUGAUUCAGCAUAGAAUAAUACAUAGAGGCCUUGAAUCCUUGCCUAUAGUAUCUCAGUAUGUCCUCAAGUAGUCCAGCUGUCUUUGGAGCAGAAUGAGCAAAAAUGCUCAUUAACAUGUGGCGUAGCUGUAAGUACCUAUAGAAAUGUGACUUGGGGAUCCCAUAUUGAUGACUUAACUCAUCAAAUGAUUUCAAAGUGUUGUUGGAGUAUAAAUCACCCAGAGUAGCAAUACCCUUCUCCCUCCAAUCCUUCCACCACACAGGGGAUUUGUUAAUACAUAAUUUGGGAUUUAACCAGAUACUAGAGUACACAUUUAGAACCAACAAACUUAAAUGGACUUGUUCAUGUUCAUAGUUUGUUUCCGUGUACUUUCUCUGAUAGCAAAGCCUCCCAAGCAUCAAUCCUAAACCCUCAGUUAUUAAUCCAGUCAUCCAUGUUCAAUAUGGUUUACCAAUUAAAUGUAGUAAAAUAAACAUAUAACUUUAAUUUGUUGGCUGAAUAUCUGGAAUAUAAGCCCAAUCACUGGGUUUGAAAUGAUAAAAUAGUUCAUGACAGGCACUGUAAGAUUAGCCCCCAAAAAAUCAUUUAUAUGAGGGUUGUUUUGGGACUGACACUUUGUGGGACCUUGAGCCAUUUUAAACCUUGGCGAUAGUCCACUAGAUGAAUAAACUAUAUUGGGUGUUUUUUUCUUUAGGUUUUUGAUCUGUGCUUCUUUGGAAAAGUCUAAAGACCAACCAAAGGCUUUUCUUCAAGCUGUAUAUCAAAACAUGUUUCCCGAGUGUCACUAAUGAAGAGUUAGUUCUUCCCUUAAAAGAGAGACAUCGUCAGCCAUAAGAACAGAGCUUAUCAUGAAUAUGGAGACAUUUACCCAAUGCCCUUUUCCCUUUUCAACAGGCACAACUCUUUCCGCCGCCACCUGCCUCGUCAGAUGAAUGUCACCAGCUUUGACUUCAACAUGGAUAAAGUGCCUCUUCGCCAGUCCUCCACGGUGAGCAUCGGAAGAAUCAAACCCGAGCUCUACAAGCAGAAAUCUGUGGACUCAGAGGGUGAGGUCAAAGAGCCCAAAGAGACCUGUGGAAAGCUCAGCUUUUCCCUGCGAUACGACUAUGAGGAGCAGUCACUGGUGGUGAGAAUCCUCAAGGCCUUGGACCUGCCUGCCAAAGACUUCACAGGCACCUCUGACCCAUAUGUGAAGAUCUACCUUUUACCAGACAGGAAGAAGAAGUUCCAGACACGAGUCCACCGCAAGAAUCUGAACCCAGUGUUCGACGAGACUUUCUGUUUCCCUGUGGUGUAUGAUGAGGUCUGCAACCGGAAGCUGCACUUCAGCGUCUAUGACUUUGACCGCUUCACCAGCCACGAUAUGAUUGGCGAGGUGGUUGUGGACAACCUCUUUGAACUCUCUGAUCUUUCCAGGGAGGCUGUAGUGUGGAAGGAUAUUCAUGCAGCAACUACAGUGAGUUGAUUUUCAAAUUUACUAAAUGCCAAAGCUUCAUAUUUGUGGGUCAGAACCCUGUGAUGUUAUUCAGAAAAACCCACAAUGAAUAGGAAGUGUUUUAAUAAGGUCUAAACAUGAGGUAUUGAACUGAACAACUCGUGGGAGCCUGAAUGCAUCAGCAAUUUUCCACAAUAGGGGGCAGGUGGAACAAAUUGCAUAAUUAUCAGACUAUAAAGGCUUUGGGAAAGGCAUUACAUCAGCCUAACACCCACACAUAUUUUCCAGAAACUGCUCAAGCAAAUAUAGCCUUAGAUAAAUGAUCUCUUUUUAUUUUUGUUAGUAGCAAUUUGUUCUCAGACCUCACUAUUUGAACGCAAACAGGUUGUUGAGUGAGACUGUAGAUUAGGUAACAUGUCCUAAUUUGAACCCUCUACUCUACAGAGAUGUUAUUUACCCCUGAAUAAAUUUCACUCCUCUAUUACCAACUCUAACUGUGUCCUUUUUAAGAGCCUCUGCUUUAUUUGUGAAGGCCUUUACUGUGAUUAAAAGGUCCCAAAUAAUGAAAACACUUUUGUCCUUGUAUAUAUUCAUAAAUUUAAGUCAUCCUUCAGCCUAGCAACCCUGAGAAUAAGGAAAUGAAAAAGACUCUACAUUCCUAAUGAUGCCAACCAACCCAGAAAACAGAGCUUCUGCAAGAGGAAUUAAAUUUUUUAACUUGAUAAUGCAACAAAGCGGGUAAUUUGCAUAAAAGGCCGCUCCCACUUCCAUUUCACCCUAUGCUGUUAUCUUACUUUGUUGUUGCAACAUGAAAACCGGACAAAAAUCUUAAUGGUCUGCUCCCUCCUGCUCUCAAGAUACAAGACUUUUAAGAAUAUGAAAGGUGAGAAUUAAAUUGCAAAAUUUUUUAUUAUCCUGUGCCCCAAAUGAUGAAAUCAAAUAGAGCAUGAUUUUAGUGAGCUUGGGGGGGUCGUGCCAAUUGGAAACCUUUCAUGGAGAGACGAGAUCAUUCUGCUUGGUUUCAGGGUUAUUAUCCCACUUACCAUCUAACUACCACCUAGAAACAUGCACAAGUUGGCAUAAAAUAUUCAUUUGAAGAGGAUUUUAGUUCCUCCAAUAAAAUAACACUUCUGAGGAUGGAUUCUUCUCUGCCUCGAUGUGGGAAAAAUUAAGAGUUCAAUUAAAACAUUGGCCCAGUUAACAGGGUCCAAGUUAACCAAGCAGGAACCUCCAGUCAGAAGUGCUAAAAACCGCAGUUCCUCAAGUGUCCACUUGAGGCUGGCUCUGGAAGCAGUGGUAACCACAUACACCUUCAUUCAACGAGCCUUUUCUUUAUAACAGAAAUAAAUAUGUGAACAACCUGGUAAGGUAAACAAAAAUGGUCUGCAUGUCUUAUUUUUCUGCCCACAUGUUUUUGCAGUUAAAAAUGAAUGGGGGGGGGUAACUUGUCUAAAUUAAGUAUGUCACACUUUCCGGGAUAACUGAAGUAUAUGAUGGUUCCCACUGGUAGAUAAUCAAAAUGUGAUUGUGAUUUAAAGUUAAAUGUCAGUGUUACUUUUUUAAGCUCUUAUACCCAUCAACAGAGUUCCAUGUGAGCCAUUUCCAAGCUUUAUGUAGUGUAGCAUUAGGAUGACACAAACUUCCUCACACCACAGGCCAAAGAUAAUCCUCAAAACUACCUCCUGUGCCGACACACCUGAGGGCAGCUCCUCUUAAUGUACUUAUACUGUUAAAUGUGUUGGCUGGCUCACUUUGGUAGUUUGUGUGUAUUGGAGACAGCUUUAUGGCAUAUGCUGCUUUUCCACAAGUUUUUAGGUAGAAGUGUUUAAUCUUAAAGCUCAUAUUUCAGGGAAGAGAUGUUUCAUAUUUUUCUGCCUGAGCAUAAUCUGCCGCUCAUAGACAGUUUUACAACAGAUCAGAAGUUUUCUAAAGAACUUACAACUUAGGGUCUCCUACUUCAAGCAAGUGAGAGUACCCAUGAUAUAGCAUAACCUUUUAAAAUCAAAUAUCAAAGAUCCAUGGCACAGCGUAUUUAUGAUAUACAUAUGGAAACAGGAACACAUUGUAAGAAGGAGGGGGAAUUGGACACAACUGCAGACCAAGAAUGGGGUUGGUUCUAAAAGUUACCCUGGAUGUACAGACUUCUUAAACACAGAUGUAUAAGCAAGAAACAAAACCACCACUGUAGAGCAGCUGACCCUAACCCAACUCUCAGAAAAUCUGAAAUAAUUUCUUUAAUGAAAGAACUAAGACUGCCAAGAAUGCUUGGAAGUAAAACACAAAAUGCUGGAGACACGAAAGGCCCAGUCUCUACUGCCUGAUCUAAACCAAAGACAAACAUUCUUUAUACGAAGAAUAAAUGCUUUAUGGAGACUUUGCCACAACUCCAAAGACCACAGAGAUAGAUCCUCUCACAAUCUUUAAAUAAGAGACAAUGAGUCAGAACUCUGUACUGGGACUUAUAUCACCUUCCCACACCUGGUCUCACUCAAGCCAAUCAGGCACUCAUGCACCUGAUUCUGUUCAGAGAUGAUACCCCCCCUUUCACACAAGGAAAGACCAAAGUGAACUGCCCAUCACACACUUACUUUGGAUGUGGAUUAAUGGAAAAAAAACUGUGGAUUAAUGGAAAAUUUUCAAGUUUCCUGUUAAAAUCAUAUUAUUUCAUGGCCACAACAGUCUUGAGGUGAAUCUCCCAUAAUGUUACAACUGAAGUCCAAAGGUCAUCUGUCAUCUGUGCUCGUUUAGAUCUGGCUAGUGGAGAAUUUAAGCAUUUGGGCGGUAGCAUUGACCAAAGCUUUAGCCUUUUGUAGUGGUGGCUCCACAGCUCAGACACAAAAUGACCAGCACUUCAGGCCUACAAAAGUAAAAAUAUUAAUGAAUGGCUGUCUACUCCUGUCCUGACCACACACCACAUGUCAUCUUGGACAAUACUUCUAGAGGGUACACCACAGAGCUCAGACUGGAUGCAAUUGUGGAUUGAAUUUUACAGAUGAAAACAAGAAAGAUGACACAAUUCACGUAGGUUGCUAAUUCUGGAUAAUUCUCAAAAUCUUGAGCUAGCUUUGAUGACUGAUGGACAGAUCACACCAUCAGCACCACCACCGAUCACUUUUUCCGACAUUUGGUUGAAAAAAUAUGGUCAGAAAUUCAAAAAUGACCUCCACAUAUUGACUGUCUGACCUUGUCUUCUAGGAGAGUGUGGACCUGGGAGAGAUCAUGUACUCGCUGUGCUACCUUCCCACAGCAGGGAGAAUGACCCUAACAGUCAUCAAAUGCAGAAACCUCAAAGCCAUGGACAUCACAGGCGCCUCAGGUAACCAGACAGCAAAUAAGAUGUGGCUCACAUCAAAACUGCAAGCUGAGCUAUAAAUCAAACUGAGCUGAAAUGAGACAGCAGGUGGCCACUUAGAAUGGAAAUGGGGAGGAGACGCUGAGAGGCCAAAGCAAAGUACAUGUAACCAAGCUCUUAUGGAGACAGAUAGGUUUCUUUGACAUGUUUUAUUGAAGGUAAGCUUGGAUUAUUAAAUGACAGUGCACAUGUUUCCCAGACCCUUAUGUGAAGGUUUACCUGAUUUGUGAUGGACGGAGGUUGAAGAAGAGGAAAACAACCACCAAGAAAAGCACACUGAACCCUGUGUACAACGAGGCCAUCAUCUUUGACAUUCCUCCAGAGAACGUGGAACAAGUCAGUCUCUCCAUCAUGGUGAUGGAUUAUGAUCGGUGAGCUUUUCGGAGUGUUAUUGAUGCUUUUGUAUGGCUAAGACUCAGAAGUUUAACUUUUCUGCUUGGCUAUGGUUUUUGUGUCAGUUUGAGACCAACAAUAAGCCUCCCAAUGUGUCUAAAAAUGUGUCAUUUAUUUCUAACAGGGUUGGACACAAUGAAGUGAUUGGUGUGUGUCGCACCGGGCCGGAUGCGGAGGGUCUCGGGCGAGAUCAUUGGAAUGAAAUGUUGGCUUAUCCAAGAAAACCCAUCACACACUGGCACGCUCUAGGAGAGGUGAUAACAGUGUUUUACUUUCAGUCUCAAAGACCUCAUAAUUGCACGGAUUUCAUAUAGCGCCCGAUUGUGUCAUUGACCCCAUUUGUAAUUUUCACAUACGAGAAAGGUCUCUUUAUUUUCUUUUAACAAUAUUUCCAAGUGUAACACAAAUAUAUACUUGAGGAAAGACAAGGCCUUAAUUUAGAGUUAAAAAGUAAAGGUUUCGGUGUCAACAACACGAGUUUCACUGUAUGGGGAAUCCUGGCUUCUGAUUGGGCUCCUACAACUAUAACAAAGAUGGCGGUUUUCCACUGCACAGUGAGUUACCAACAGAAAGCACGCUAUGGCCAAAAGUUAUACAUCAAUCACCGUGAAUACACUUAGUUUUUAAGGGAUAUGGCCCAGACAGUGUCUGAAAACACAAAGUUUAUCACCGAAAGAUGCUGGUCUCACAAAAUGAGUGGAUUUUAUUGUAAGCUGAACACUGUCCAUUCCAUUUUAAGAGCUGAUAUUGUAAGCGCCACAAUACUACAUUGUAUAAGACAGCUUCGCCAUGACUAACUACUUCCCUGUUUCGUUGUCAUGCAAACAACAUUGAGUGGAAGGUGUUGAUAAGGGAACUGUUGAGCUUACAAGCAAAUAGUGCUAAGGCUCAAACUAUCUGGAACUGGUACCAGUCUGAAAUCGGUUUUCAAUUUCCCAUCCCUGCUAAAGACACACAUCUCUUGUCAUGACAAACAAAUGAAUCAAACAUCAUGAACUUCAGAAAAUGUGUUUUGAGGGGGACACAGAUAGCCAAAGGCAGAACAGUAUGGUCUCAUUGACUAUAUGUGUACACAAAAAAAGAGACGCUUUAUUGAGCUGCAGUUUUCACAAUCAAAAAUCUAGAACAAGGAAUAUACCAGCUUAGCUGACCUCAACAGCUCAGCCGUUGCUGAUAAGAAACCAUGAAUGGACAAUUUAGUAGGGUUUUACAGUUUCUGGAAAGCUAACUGUCUCCCCCUUGCUUUUGUAAUUUCAUAUUUUACAUUUCAUCAAUGUUUCUUCCUCUUUUGCCAUACCCACUCCCCAUCUGACGAGUAGGAAAUUACAGGUGAUUACCCAUUUUCAGUGGUAAAACUACAACGUACGCUUUGACAAAAACUGUGAUCAUAGGCACAAACCAUGCCCCCUAUCGCAACCGUCAAAACAUUGUUUUGUAAGAAACUGCUACAGGGAUCCAAUUACAGACAACAUGGAAAGUCUUCAUUCACAAGUAUCAGCUCUUUUUUAAGUUUAUUCAUAACUUUUUAACCAAUUGGGGUAAACAAAGGGAAAGAGGUUGCUUUUGGAAAGGUUGGUUCGGGUGUCUGACAAUGUUUUGAUAUUUUGUGAAGGUGAAAAUUCCGUUAAGGAUCAGUGCUUGUCCUGUCCUUACCUUUUCCCCCCUGAGCCGGAAUCUGUUGAAUUGUUCCUGAAUCCAGGCUGACAACAGUCACUGUGCUGACAAGAAUGAAAAAUUAAAUCCAGGCCAAUUGAUUUUGGAUUCAUACUAUGUACAUUAUCACUGGAUGGGGCGAGAUUGGUCACCCAGGUAACAAGGAAAAUGAAAGCUUGUCAGAUGACCAUCAUAGAGACAGAGAAUCUUGUUUUGGGGACAGUUCUCUAUGCAACAACAUUGAGAUAACUGAAUCAGUAUUGCAUCAUUUGAGAUUAUUGUCAGUGUAGUGUUUGUGUUUUUUAGUAAAAGUUAUUAAUCAUUUAUUUAUUCACCUAAUUUCAGCCUUUUAGAUCGCUGACAGAGUGGAUUGAUAGCCAUGCAGUAAUUUAAGUAGUUGAUCAAUAAACAAAAGUCUCAUAGCCUUUGUUUUCAGCUCAAAUCAAUGAUUACAUCCAUGCAUUUUGGCAUGGUGCUUUGAUUUCUGAUUUUAAAAAUUUCUCAAAAGGAGUAAAACUUCUGUUUCCUCAUCAUAAUGUCCUUUUUGUUUCUUUGACUUAAGGUUACAAAGAGCAGUUUUUUGUGGGAGACACAAUUCUCAACUCUGGAUAUGGAAUUAUGGCAUCAAACAAAUUUGCAUUGGAGUAAAUGAUGUGCAAAUGCAUGCCAUAGUGUCCAAAAAUAUUUAUAAGAAGAAGGAAAAACAUCAUAAACCACCAUUACUAUAUAUACACAGUAUAUACUGUAAAAAUGGUAGUGUUUGCUACAUCCUUUGGCUUACUCUUCAUAAACCAAUGUCUGUCCCAGCUGGGUCAUACAUCUCUUCUGCCUAUGAUCACAGUAAUCCCUGAGGUACAUGAAAUAACCUGCUCAGUUAAUGCAAAAACAAUGCUUUUAAAUUUGUCCCUUUUUUGUGAUAUUUUACUUUGCAGUGGCCAGGAAGAGCAGCAAGCUUUGAGAGUCAGGGUUCGUGUCCUUCGCCAAAACCUCCACAGACGCCCUAAUGAACCCGGCAGAGAUAAAACCAUCUCUGUAAGAAACAAGACAUCCAUUUAAAGUCCCAGAAGCUGUGCUGCCUUCAAGUCUCCUUGUUAGCAUGUUGUAUUCAAACUCAUUUCUUCUGUUCAUGUAUUCAUGAAAACACUGAACUGAAAAUGAUUUUAUUCAUCCACCUGGGCUCCAGGUCUUCUGGCUGCAACACACUCAAACUAAUUUAAGGGUUUAUUUUUCAUACAUUUGCUUUGAAGCUCUCAGAGAGGCUGCAUUAUCAAACAUUUACACAGGCCACAUUCAUUUACGGCCUAAAUGAAAGCUGCAUCAGCCUUCAAAUAUUUUGAGUGACACUUUCCAAUACAGUGGAUUUUAAGCACGGUCACAUUGUGCAUUGAAAAACCUCCUAAAACCUGGCAUGAAUUCACUGACAUUACUAAAACACAGCCUCUAAAUCAGAUAACUUUUAACCAAUUAUCAACAAGAGCUGAAUAAUGUAUCUGUAAAAAUUACAAAUGUGUUCAAAAAGUUACUAACCAUCCACUGUUACCUGCAGACUUUAAAAAAACUGUAGCAGAUUCAUGUCACAUAACACUAGCUGGUUAGUACGUUAAUUAGCUGUUUUGCACUAUUCAAGAUGGAAGUAAGGUUUUUCUCUAGAAUUAUGGGUAAAAUGAGAUCUGAGCUACACACAGUUACAGCUACAGCAGUUGAAUGCUAAUGUUGGCGAACGGGUUUAAAUAUGACCAGAUUUACCCUCAGUUUCACACCAUCAACCCUGAAUUUUUAUAACCAACAACCUGGUAGCAGUACAGCGUUAUUUAAGCCUUUGAGCCGCCCAUCCUUAGCAAACUUGCUGAGUUAAACUGCGAAAUUUGCCAAGAAAAAAUGGAGUAACUUGACAGCCUCGGCAUCAUUGACUUGGCCUCUCCCAAUCGGCCAAACUAUGGUGGACAAGAGCUUUUCCUUGUGUUUACAAAUUCAGGGAAUUAAAAUCCAUAAAAGAACUUUUGAAAAUGAUGUUUACAUUUUUUCCAUUGUACCAUCUGUAAUUUAUUUAUGUUCAUCUUAAACUGAAUAUUGACUCAGCUUCUACUUAUAUGUGAGUAAUAAGACACUAAUUAAAAAAAAAACAUAGCAAAUAGGAAAUGGCUAUGAACUGUUAUCAAACUUGCACAUAAAUAUGAUUAUGCUUUUCUCCUGUGCUGGCCUAAAUAUGUAAAAGAGAUAUUUUUACUUGUAGCAUGUCUCCUGACACUUUAAAAAAAAAUCUGUUGAUGGAUACUGUAAAAAUAUAUUAUGUUUAAGUAUUUGAAACUUCGAUUUUUCUGUUUACAUUUGUAAAUAUACCUGUUAAUGGCACUGUUUGUAUAUAGUCAAAAGUGAAAUUCAAGAAUCUGUGGUAAACUUCUGAAAAUAAAGAUGAUGUCUUUCUAUUGUUAAGUGAUAAUUUGAUCAGCUCAGACUUGUAGUUUAGUCGGAAUUGAAACAUGUUCUGUAAUAGUUGUGAACAAAACUGGAGACCCAGUGAAGCCAACUCUACCUUAUCAAGCUAAUCGAUGUGUAGGAGUUUAGAGAGCUUUCAGCUGUAAUUGUUUGCAUAUUGGUCAAAUCUAUUUUGAGCAAGAACAACUGCAACUACCGUCAUGUGUACAGUUUGUGAUAACUUUUGUAACGAUUUAAAGUCAACAUUUGGAAUAUGAUUUAUUGUAUCUGUUUCAUAUGUAUUUUAACAAAAUAAAGAAACGGUUAAGAGUCA